AUGGGAGGGAACCCCCUGGAGAACAGCGGUUUUGAACCCGGAGCCUUUGAUGGCCUGAAACUGAAUUACCUUCGCAUCUCAGAGGCCAAGCUCACGGGUAUUCCUAAAGAUCUCCCUGAGACUCUAAAUGAGCUUCAUCUGGACCACAACAAGAUUCAAGCCAUUGAGUUAGAGGACCUUCUCCGGUACUCCAAGCUGUACAGGCUGGGCCUGGGACACAAUCACAUCCGAAUGAUUGAGAAUGGGAGCCUGACCUUCAUGCCCACCCUGAGGGAGCUCCACUUGGACAAUAACAAGCUGUCCAAAGUACCCCCAGGUCUCCCUGACCUCAAAUUCCUCCAGGUGGUCUAUCUUCACUCCAACAACAUCACCAAGGUGGGCGUUAAUGACUUCUGCCCUGUGGGCUUUGGCGUGAAGCGGGCUUACUACAACGGUAUCAGCCUCUUCAACAACCCUGUGCCCUACUGGGAGGUGCAGCCAGCGACUUUCCGAUGUGUUACUGACCGUCUGGCUAUCCAAUUUGGCAACUACAAGAAGUAGCCAGGCAGGGGAGGAGGCAUCAGGACCCCCUUGGGAAAGAAACCCAGCUGAGAAGGGAGAGAACAAGAGAGAGACAGAAAGAGGAGAGAGGAGGAGGCAAAGUCACAUGUAAACCCGAGCCCCACCAGCCUCACCCUUAGCUCAGUGGGAACCCUGCCCAGGCCCUCAUCCAUUCCUUAACCCCAAACUUCAAUCUACCCCAAAUUCGGAUCCUCAACUUCCCUGCAAACUUGCCCCAACCUCUAGCUCUGGUCCUGAGGCAAAGCCAUCACUUUCUCCUAGCUCCCUGACCUGCCACCAUGGCCAAAACUAUAGCUGAGUAGAGCUAGGGGUGAGGGAGAGAGGGAGGACCAAGAGGGGCAGGCAAGGGAUCUGGGAGAGCUGGAAGUCCUGCCCAGCCCAGGACCCUUAGCUUUCAAGCAUAAUCCUUCCCCAGAUCUGGUGCUUUCCGAAGCUAACCACCCUGGAGAACCAAGGAGAUGGCCAACCUGGUUAGGGUUUCCUUCCCCUCCCCUCUGCCCCCCUCAUACUCUACUCUCCCCACCCUACCCCCAACUGAAUUUCCAAAACUGAUUUCCAAAACUUCCAGUUCUGGGUAUUUCUUUUAUGUGGUUCUAUGCUGGGUUGAGUUUAAUCCCAGUGUGUCUACCCCAACAGGGAUGUCCGACUCUUCUCUCCUUUCUCCCUUCCUCCGCUCUCUUCACCCUUUCUCCCUUUCUCUU